UUAUAGUGAUUAGUGUUACACAAUGUAUGUGCAUCAUGAGCGGCCACCCUAAUGGAAGUAUCAACCCGAGUAAUUGCUGCUCUCAGAAAAGAUUCACGGGAGAGAAACAUUGAAGAUUUCAAUGCUAUCUUUGAAUUCUUUGUUCAGCUGCCCCAUUUUGCUGCCUGGACAAACGCUGGUCUGAAGGAGACAUGUCACUUAGCCCGAUACAUAGAGUGCGACGAGAACACUGUGCUGUUCAAGAAGCACACUCCCGCUAAAUGCUGGUACAUACUGCUCUCUGGAUCUGUUUUCUGUGGAAACCAGAUGUUCUACAAAGACACAACAUUUGGUCAGAGCUCCCCACCAUUUCCUCACAUGAGAAAAGAUGAUUGCAUUGCUCUGGAAUUCUGCCAGAUAAUCGUGAUUGACUACACGCCACAAGAGUUGACGGGGCACGCGCCAGCUAACUACAGGUCAGCUCUCCGAUCAUAUCCCGGUCGAUAUGGUGGAAGUGUUGAGAGUUACAGUUUACAAUCUGGAGAUACCUUCCCUGAGAGGGAGAGUCUGGAUGGCAAGUCUGCCUCUUCUGUUGACUCGUACCCAGACCUGUUCGGUCUUGCGGAGGGAGUGGUGGAUAGUGACGACGAGAGCGAUGAGAUAUCGCAGUUAUCCGCACAAACCACCGACCCACUUAGAGAUAGUUUAGGGAAGAAACCGAGUGAUAGAACUGAAAACGAUGUGGAGGUGAUCUACAACGAGGUGUCUCAUCUACCUGCUCUACUUAGACUACCUCCUCCUGUCCGUAAGGAACUCUGUCAGCGUAUGCUAUACAAGGUAUACAGAGACCCAGGGUUCACGAUAGUGCAGCAUGGGAAGGAGCUUCACUCCUGGCAGGUGCUACUGAAUGGUGUUCUGGAGGUCAGAGAGGAGGGUUUACCUGCCAAACUGCUACAUGUGGGGGAGAGUUUCGGGAUGCCUGCUGCAACUCAGGUUCUCAAGCAGCAAGGAGACAUUUCUACCAGAUCUGCAGACUGCCACAUUCUUAGCAUUCCACGCUCGGAGUUCCUCCAUAUCAUAAAUCAGAGUGAGUUGAACACUAAGCGGAUAAAGGACGAGGAAGGUAAGGUAGUAGUGGUUAAAGAGCUGAGAGCUAGUGUUAGUGGUGGGGCUCCUGGUGACGUCAUCACUGCUGCUAACCCUGCUUCUCUGAUAGAACAUCUCCGAGAGAAUCACAAGAGUGUUGAUCCUGAGUACACGGAGGAUUUCUUCGUAACAUACAGGGUAUUCCUUAAAGAAGACGUAGAACAACUGACCAGCUCUCUUCUACAUUGGUUUAAAGACAGUGGAUACAGAUACAAGAUACUAUCUAUUGUCACGUCCUGGGUGUCUGCUCAUUUUACUGACUUCGACUACAACCCCAAGUUGUGGAAGUUUCUAGAAGAUUUCGAGUCGGAGCUGAGAGUGUGGAACCUGAAACAGGAACUAACCCAGUUCAGGCAGCUGUGUAACAACAGGACGCUACUCAGGACUAUAACUAUAUCACGUGAUAAGGCAGAUCCUAUACCGUUACUUGUGGGGGGAGCUCAGAUCGGGUGUGGAACGUUUGUAACGAAGGUAGCAGAGGGAAGUUCCUUUGACACAGCUCACCUGCGAGCCAGUGAUGAGCUGAUACAGUUCAACGACACUAAACUCGACCAGUUCUCUGAGGAUAGAAUCACUAAGAUGCUCUCACAGAGUAUACGGUUCACACUGAUGGUACGGAGUAACAAGAUAGGAACCAAAGACGCGAUACAGCGAUCAGAGGACGAUAUAAACAAGAACCGAGUGCUGGACAACCAACCUAGAAUACACAGCAACUCAGAUAGCAUUGGGAAAACAAAAGCGUUUUCAGGAUUCAUAGAUUCGUUAAAACAGAGGAAACCUCAGAAAAGGGGUCGACUUGAAGAUUAUCCCGUGAAUAUGACUCUCCCAAACUCAAAACUAGACCUCACUGGAGCAGACCAGAAUGACAUGAACGUCUCCAGAAUCUCCAUGAUGUCAUCUCGCUCCAACAUGACCUCAACAUCCUCGCUCUCGUCACGUGGGAGUGUGGGCCUGAACCGUGAGGCGGUGAAACUUUACUCUGAUGAUAAUGUGUUCAAGUACAUUCAGAUCACGGAGGAGACAACUGCGUUAGAGUUGGUCUAUAUUGGUCUAGAUCAGUUCGAGAUCCUGGAGGACGUAGCAAACUUUGCUCUGUGUGAGGUGAUAGCAGUUCACGCGGGGGCAGUGAGACAGAAACAGCUGGCUCCAAUGACUAAGAACCUGGCUAAUAGACUGAGCCUCAGUUCCAGAUAUUAUCUUAAAGAUAACCGGAAGACGGACAGUCUUGUUCAGGAAUAUAUUGCCCAGGAAAUGUUGAGAGACACAGUCACUAACCUCCUACUGCUGGACCCUGAGGAGAUAGCAAGACAGAUCACUCUCAACAGUUUCGAGGUGUUCAAGAAGAUCCGUCCCGUGGAGUAUGUGACCGACUUGUUUAGUCUGAAGAGCGGCUACGGUCAGGAUGUUAUUGAGAAAUUUGCAGAGAACGUCAACACGGAAAUGUACUGGGUAGCGACGGAGAUCGUAAUGGAGAAAAGUGCGAUAAAGCGAGCUCGCAUGAUAAAGCACUUCCUGAAGAUAGCAGUGUAUUGCCAGAGUUGCAACAACUUCAACUCCAUGUUCUGUAUUCUGUCAGGGUUAGCUCAUCCUUCGCUGAAGAGACUUGAUGAGACUUGGUCUAAAGUUCAUGGGAAGUGGUACAAGGUUUUCGAGGAUCUACACGAUCUGCUGGACCCCUCCCGGAACAUGUACAAAUACAGGAACCUAAUGAACAACGCCCCCUGCAGAGCUCCCAUGAUACCCUUUUUCCCUGUACUCAAGAAGGACCUUACCUUCAUCCACCUCGGUAUUGACACGAAAGUGGAAGGAGGUCUUAUAAACUUCGAGAAAAUGCGGAUGAUAUCCCGUGAGAUCCAGAACAUCCAGAAAUUCAGUAGCAUGGAAUACAACUCGCGGACUAUGUUCAAUUUGGCGGGUGAUACCGGCUCGGCUGCUCGACUCAGACGCAAGGAAAGUAACACUAUUCCUACAAAUAACGCUAAGAAGCUGUACGACAAGGGACUGAUGCAACGUAAAGUUGCUCUCUAUCUUAGUGAGAUAGUUAACUUUGACGAGGCUAAGUUGCGGCAGUACUCCCACGCGUGUGAACCACCCUCUCCCACCACCUUUGUCUCCUCUUUACAACGCCGCUCUCUCCCCGACCUCACUGAUGUGAACAGAGGUGGAAUACAGGCUCCUCCUCCACCUGACACCACAUCCGACAAGACAGACACAGAAAGUUCUCUCCGUAAAAGCAGCUCAGUAGAAAGUGUGAACAGUAAGCGGUAUCUGAGCGCACUGGAGAACGACAUUCCGGGAUUAGGGGACACGGCACGACAAGAGGAUGUGGGACGACCUCGUCCCGAAGGGGCGGAACAGUUACCACCGGUAGUUCCUCCUAGGGUCGACAAGAUGGAUCUUAAUAAUACGUUACAAUCAUCGUUUAGAAAGAAGCUAGAACAAUCCCGCGCGCAGUCUAUAGACAGUUCAGUGCAGCCAGUCAAAGCGUUCAAAUCCUCUUCAGCCAACAGUUCGCCCCACUCCACCCCUCCCCCUGUGUCACCGCCCCUUCUUCCUCCUAGACAACGUAGGAAGAGUGACGGUAGUGGUACUACCACUGUAUAGAAAUGUGAUUAACUAAUUAUUUAGGAGUGUAGUUAGUAGUUGUUUAGGCUAAUCUAUUCAGAAGUAGUGAUCUGAUGAUUAACUUCCUAUUGAACUAUCUUGUAGUGAUGAAUGUUUUUAACAGAUUCUUAUUGCUCGCAUUUGAGCAGUCUCAUAUUUAUACUUUACUUAGUAUAGGUUUAUGAAGCGACGAUAUUGAGAUUGGUUAAUUAAUCUUGCUUCCACAACUUCAUAUCAUUUUAAAAAUCGAAUUAUUUUAUAAUUUAUUCCGACUUAGUAAUGUGUUGAUAAUUGGGGCUGAAGUCAGUGUAUUAUAUUUUAGAAGAACUUUUAGAUGUUUUCAUGUACUCGUUACUCAAUGCAUGUUUUGCUGCUAUGUCGAAUAUUAGCUAUAAUAUAGAAGUUGACAUGUUGGAAUGUGUGUAGAAGUAUGUGAAGAUACCUGACAUAUUGUAUACGUGUUGCUUUGAACUAUCGAGAAAUGUUCUUAAGUAAUGUGAUCUCUCAUUGAAAUGUACA